UAUCAAUGUAAACAUAAUGGGGUUGGUGUAUUUUACAUGUUCUCUGGGCAUUUCAUUUUCUCAUUUCUUGCCAUGCAUUUCCCUCUUGUGUGAUGGACCGUCCGGGAAAAUAUGCUGCAAUGGAUACAUUUGGAAUAGAACACUGGAUAAAUGCGUCGAAUGUAAUCCUGGCUACUUUGGAGAACAGUGCGAUGUUCCUUGUUUACAACCUACCUAUGGCUGUGAAAACAAAGUUGAUGAACAGUUCCAAAAGUAGAUUCUUAUCGACUGUUACUGCAAAGUCAUUUUCAGACCCUGCGUUGGAAGCACAUGGGAUGACAUGGAAAACCACCAAACCUUCUCGUGAAACGUGUAAAUUUUGUGCUGUUGAGAAUGAGCAUGUCACUGAAACCGAGCUCUCAUGGACUCUUAUAUAUAGCAUUGCUAGUAUAUCAGUUGCCGCGGCAAUUUUAUUCUUUGUUUAUAUAUGGACUUUUAUCAAACGAGAUCAUUGUGUUUCUCUACAAACUUAA